AUGUUUAAUUUAGUUUUAAAGUCUAGAAUUUUAAAACCAUCAGCAUCAAUAAUAUUUAAGAGAAACUUCUCUAUUAUUGGUGGUAAUAAAAUGAUAUUAAGACAAGAAAAUAAUAUACCUAUCAAUAAUAGAAAUAUUAAUAAUCAAUUUUCAUCCAAUGUUAUUAAUAGUAGAACCACUACUGCCACAGCUACAUAUAAACCUGAAAUUCUAUUAGAUAUUCAACAACCACAACAAUUAGUGCAACAACAACAACCACAACAACUACAAUUACCAUCACCAACAUUAAUUGGUAAAUUAGUAACAUUAAGAAAAAUGAAAAUUGAAGAUAGAGAUGACAUUUUAAAAGCAUCAACAGAUGGUGAAUUAUGGAAUUUAAAAGUAACGAUUGUACCAGGCCCAACAACAGUUGAUAAAUAUAUUGAUAUAGCAAUGGGAGGAGCUUCCAAUGGUACUGUUAUACCAUUUGUAAUUAUAAAUAAUGAAAAUGGAAAAAUCAUUGGAUCAACUAGAUUUUGGAAAGUUGAUAUUGUGAAUAGAAAACUUGAGAUUGGACAUACUUGGUUAAGUAAAUCAAUUCAAAGAUCAGGAGUAAAUACUGAAUGUAAAUAUCUAUUAUUAAAAUUUGCAUUUGAAGAAAUGAAUGCAAUUCGUGUUCAAUUUACAACUGAUGAAUUAAAUGAAGCUUCUCAAAAAGCAAUCUUAAGAAUUGGUGCCAUCAAAGAAGGUAUCAUUAGACAUGAAAGAAUUAUGCCAGAUGGUCGUAAAAGAAAUUCAAUUAGAUAUAGUAUAAUCGAUUCUGAAUGGAAACAAGUUAAAUUAAAAUUAUCAAAUAUGAUGAAUAAAUAA